AUGUCGAAAAGGACCGCUGAGAGCCAGGAAAACCUAGAGUCCCUCAAGGCAGGGCAACGGCCAGAUUCGAGCGCCAACGGUGAUCCUACCCUCGACUUCGAAGACGAAUUUGAAGAUGAAUACGAGUCGGAAGACGAGGUCAUGGAGGCGGGCAUUGAUGGGCGACCAGAUGCCGAAAGAGAAGCUGAACAGGCACAAGAUGCUAUGGAUGUUGACACGAGCCAGCAGACAUUUAUACCAGGCCGAUCGAUACUGCAACCCGGAAUGUCUCUGACGCCAGACCCUUCCACCUACGAGAUGCUCCACCUGAUGUCGACGACGUGGCCCUGUCUAUCCUUUGACGUUGUACGAGAUAACCUGGGCGACAAUCGCAAGCAAUAUCCAAGAACGGUCUAUGCAGUUGCUGGUACUCAAGCCGACUCGUCACGCGCCAAAGAGAAUGAGUUGUACAUUUUGCGGUUGAGCAGUCUGUCCAGGAUCGAUCGCGGCAAUCAGACGGAUUCAGAGAGUGAUAGCGACGAUGACGAAGACGACGAGGGCGCAUCUGACCCAGUGCUCGAGUCAAGGUCGAUCCCACUUCCAAGCACAACCAACAGAAUAAGAGCUUUCCAGCCAGCGACUGCCACUGCCGACGUGACUCAAAUACCUCAGACCUUGACCGCUACAUGCCUCGAAAACGGUCAGGUUCUGAUCCAUGAUGUAUCACCACAUCUCCAUUCUCUUUCGACACCUGGUUAUACACUGCCUCCGAACGCCUCAAAGCCCCUCAGCACUCUCCGAAUGCACAAGACUGAAGGAUACGCGCUAGAUUGGGCGCCAGCUUCCUCGCAUCCCAACGGUCGACUUCUCUCUGGUGACAAUGCCGGACAGAUAUUCAGCACACAACGAACUGAGGGCGGCGGCUGGGUGACGGAUACCAGAGCAUUUGUCGGCCACACCGACGCCGUGGAAGAACUCCAGUGGUCACCCAAUGAGAAAUUUGUCUUUGCGUCCGCAAGCUCCGAUGGGACUGUGAAGGUGUGGGAUGUGCGGAGUAAGAGCCGAAAACCCGCCGUGGAUGUGAAGAUCAGCAACACCGAUGUCAACGUGAUGUCGUGGUCGCGCCAGACGUUCCAUUUGCUUGCUACCGGUGCUGACGAUGGCGAGUGGGCAGUAUGGGAUUUGCGGCAGUGGAAGCCUCAGUCAGGGGCGCCACCCGGCGCGCAGAUCAAGCCGAGCCCUGUCGCAGACUUUCACUUCCACAAGAAGCCCAUCACUUCCAUCGAGUGGCACCCGACGGAUGACAGCGUGGUGGCUGUUGCUUGUGCAGACAACACUGCAACUCUGUGGGAUCUCGCAGUCGAGCUUGACGACGAGGAAUAUGGUAGAGAAACGGGCCUGGGUCUGGGCGAAGGUGCCGAAAAGGUUCCUCCGCAGUUGCUGUUCAUUCAUCACGUUGAAGAUGGUAAAGAAUUGCACUGGCAUCCACAAAUGCCGGGCACGGUCAUGGUCACCGGUGGAAGCGGUCUGGGGGUCUUCAAAACAAUCAGCGUCUAA